AUGACUCACAUCCUAGUGAAAUGGUUGUCUGACGACAAAUGGGAUAUUGACAUCGGCGGAGGCGUGUUAAUCGAGGAGACAGUCCUGGCGCAGCUCACAACGGACUGCCAUGGUGGGCCAGGCAAAUUUGCCAGGGCCUUGCUGAGGCAUGUUUUCAGUGAAGAGGAACUGAUGGUCCACUCGCUCUUUAGAAGGUUAUAA